AUGGGUAAAGUCAAGUGCUCUGAAUUGCGGACGAAGGAUAAGAAGGAACUCUUCAAACAACUAGAAGAGUUGAAAACUGAGUUAACCAAUCUUAGAGUUGCUAAAGUAACAGGAGGAGUUGCUUCUAAACUGUCCAAAAUACGCGUCGUACGCAAGGCUAUUGCCCGUGUCUACAUUGUCUACCACCAAAAAAUGAAGGUUAACCUUCGUAAUCACUAUAAGAACAAGAAAUACAAGCCUCUUGACUUGAGGCCAAAGAAGACGCGUGCUAUGCGAAAAGCUUUAACUAAGCAUGAAGCAAAACUUAAAACAAGGAAAGAAAUUAGGAAAAAAUCCUUGUUCCCACCUAGAGUUUACGCUGUUAAAGCUUAA